AUGCUACGACUAGGAUUACGAGCUACUUUGCGACCAGUUCGUUCUUCCGUAACCCCAUUGAGGCUCGCAAAUUCUGUGAGAUUGCAAAGCUCUUCGGCUGCUAAGAAACCCACCGGAAUAAAGAAACUUUUUCAGGAGUAUGGCUACUCGGCUUUGGGUGUUUACCUUGGACUCACAGCUCUAGAUCUGCCGUUGUGCUUUUUGGCGGUUCACUCCCUAGGGCAAGAAAAAGUUGGAGAGCUACAGAAUAAGGUAAAGAAAUUUUUCGGGUUUAGUCCCAAAGAGGUUGAAGCCACUGAUAAAGAGGAAGAUUACUGGAGUAUCAUACUAACAGAAUUUUUCAUUGCUUAUGGAAUCCACAAAUCACUGAUCUUUAUACGAGUACCACUGACCGCAGCCAUAACCCCAGCCUUAGUUAAGAAACUGAGAUCCCUUGGAUUCAAUGUCGGGAAGACAAAACUAACUACGAUUGCUUCCGCAACGAAGGAAUCCGUUUCCCAACAUGGGCUCAAGCAUACGAUGAGUACUAAAGGAGCAUCUGAAGUCGUCAGCAAGGCCAAUCAAGUAAAACCUAUCGAUUACACGGCAUCUGAUCCGAAAUUCGGAAAAUCACCUAAUAAGCGUCAAAAAUGGUGGAACUUUUUCUUCUAG